CGCCCAGCAGGACUCGCGGACAAUUCGCUCGUGUCGUCGGGUAAGUAGGCCCAAGCUCACGUUGAAUGUCCGCGCUGACGUGCCUCUUUUGCAAUCUCCUCGCUCGCUCUCGUUAUCUGCCACUCUUGCGGUCUGCCUUCUGCUGCUCCAGGUUACGGAUCUCGAUACGGCUCAACAAUGAACAGCUUUGGCGGUGGAUACGGCGGUAUGGGCUCUAUGGGCUCGUACGGAGGGUAUGGGGGCGGGUACAGCGGGUACGGAGGUGGCAUGGGGGGUUACUCGUCGUACUCGUCGCCAUACAGUCGCUUUGGCGGCGGAGGCUACGGAGGCAUGGGCGGCUACGGAGGGUAUGGUGGGAUGGGUGGCUACGGCGUGGGCGGAAUGGGCGGGCCCGGCGAAUAUCCAUCACUCACCGGCGCGAUGCAGCAGCAAACAGCACCAGCAUUUGCAGUCAUCGAAUCGAUUGUAACGGCGUUCACCUCGCUUGCGCAGCUCGUGGAGAGCACAUACAUGGCGACGCACAGCUCUUUCUUCGCCAUGGUGGGCGUUGCGGACCAGCUUGGCAGCCUGAAGACAUACCUCGGCCAAGUACUAGGCGUCUUCAGUAUCAUGCGCCUGGGACGACGAAUUCUAAACUGGCUGCGCGGCAAGAAGUCGGGUCCAGAGAAGGGCUGGGCCAACGAGUGGAGCCGAGGGCUGGGGCCCAACGGCGCAGAAGCGCCGCGUCCCUCGGCCAAGCCUCUCCUACUCUUCCUUCUCUCGGCGAUCGGCCUGCCGUAUCUCAUGAGCCGUCUGGUCAAGCUCCUUAUUGCGAGCCAGCAGCAGCAGGCGGGCGCGAUCGACGCCAGCGGCCAGCUCGACCCCACAAAGCUCACAUUCGCGCGUGCGCGGUGGGAGUUCAAGCCAAGUGAAGAAUGGGAGCUCGGCCUGCAGCCCGACGAAAUUGUCGCCGUCCUUGAGCGUCGCGAGGGCGGCGAAUCUGGCGAGUCGGGCUGGUGGCGCGGUCGCACUCGCGACGGCCGCCAGGGGUGGUUCCCGGGCAACUAUGUGGAGGUCAUCAAGAAGCGCGACGAUGCGCCGCCCAUGCCUAUCCCCAUGCAAGGGAUGUCAAGCAUGCAGGGGAUGCAGGGGAUGCAAGGCAUGCAAGGCAUGCAAGGCAUGUCGAGCAUGUCGAGCAUGUCGGGCAUGUCGGGCAUGUCGGGCAUGUCGGGCAUGCAGGGCAUGAAUGGCCGCCCGAUGGGCAUGCCCAUGGUGUAGAGAGUCGCUCCGAGUCACAACACGAUGCGCCGGGAGAGAGAGUGCCCCCGCUAUCAUUGGUAAUGCCGUAGUAUGUCUGUCACAAUGUAUGCAUAUCCACGAACGG